GAUGUACCUCAAGUUUCGUGCAAGCCGAAUUGCGCGCACUAAGAAGAAGGAAUUAGCCUUUAGAAGUAGGCUGGCACAGAAGGUAAAUGAGGCAAGAAAAUUCGAUGUUGACGAAUAUAUAUCUAAUUAUCUGGAGGACUUUAAUACUCCACUGGUACCAGGAACCUAUCAAGGGAAGAGAUUACCAAAGUGGCUUAUACUGGAACUGAUGGAACAAGAUAAACAGAAGGAAAGAGAGAAAAGUUUGGAAGGAAAAUUCUUUACAACAAAGGAAGACAUUGUGAAACCAGGAGAAACAGUUGAUGAGUUUAUUCAGCGAACCUGGAAAUAAUUAGUUGUAAAAAUUAUUAAUAUGAAAUACAAAAAUUUGUUGUGAAA